AAUACACUGCUGAGGGGAACAGCAGGAGAGACAGGAGAGGUCUGCUGUGCCAUGUGGGUUAGCUCCCCAGCCAGGGAUUAAACUCAUGCUGCAGUGGCUGACAAAAUCUUGAUAGCACAGAGACUUUAACCCCAGUACCACCAGGGAGGCCCAUACUAAAUUUUUUUACUCCAAGCUUCCACUUCUAAGAGAAUAUAUCUUAAAUGUUCUCAUCAUAAUAACAGCAACAACAAAUGGUAAUUAUGUGAGAUGAAGGAUAUAUUAAAAGUGUUAACUAUCCUUAUUGUGGUAAUCAUUUCACAAUACACCUGUGUAACAAAUCAUCACACUGUACACCUUAAACUGUAUAUAUGUUAAUUACAUCUCAAUCAAGCUGGAUGAAUUAUAUUUUGAGCAGAAAGGGCAACAAGUUCAAAGGUAUCAAAAGAAAGCAAAAAUGAGUGGAAAACUUCCAGGUAGUUCAUUAUCACUAGGACAUGAGAUUUGAAGACAACACUGGUGAGAGACAAGACUGAAAGACAGACAGCAGUCACAUACAUUCAUUUGGUAAAUGAUUAUUGACUAUUUAGGCAUGUCCCUGGAGGUGCAAGGAGUUAAGAUGCAGCACUAUGAAGCUAUCGGCAGCCACUGCAGCACGAGUUCGAUCCCAGGCCAGGCAGGUGACCCACAUGGCGCAGCAGACCUCUCCUGUCUCGCCUGCUGCUCCCCUCAGUACAUCUGCCUGUUCUGCUCCCCACUCUGUCUCUGGUGAAUAAUCUCACCCCCUGCAUCUCUGACCUGCACCUCAGCUCUUGUAUGCAUAAAAAAAUGAAUCUUUUUAAAAAAUGAUUAUUAUUUGCUCUAUACCACGCAUUGGUCAUGUAGACCUGGUCCUUGUUUCGAGGGAUUUAGUUAAGGACAAAGAAGCAGACGAUUGAUUAACAAUCACAAAUUGAGGGGGGAAAUGGUAAAAAGGAAAUAAUGGAAGUGAUGAGAUUGUCAGUGGGAAGAAUAAGGGGCACUUAGGGCCCCCAAACCUGGCUGCUCUAAAUGGGUUCUGCCAUCUGCCUCAUGAAGAGAAACACACUCUUAGUGCAUAAGACCUUCAAUAGAAAAGAACUUUAAUACAAUUAGUGUGCAAUAGAGAAUUUGUGUGCAUUAGAGAAGAGAAAGAAUACAGUUAAUAUAGUUUCCCCAUGAAACACCCAAAGUUAUCCAUGUCCUGUGGGUAAAUGUGCAGCCAAGUAGCCAGGAUCAUUAAGGCCCAAAAACUUGCCACAAAUCUAAGUCACCUUCUGAUGGGGACCCAUUGGAAAGGGGAAUAAGGAAGCCAAGUAUGAAAGGAAAAGAGCAAAAUCAAAAUACAAGUCAAGGUCCUUCCUGGUGGUGCAGGGGUUAAAGAGGUAUCGCCAGCCUCUGCAGCACAACUUCGAUCCCUGGGCCUGCCAGGGAGCAACCCACAUGGCACAGCAGACCUCUCCUCUCUCACUUUCUGGCCCUCUGCUCCCCUCAGCACUGUAUUUCUGUAGAUCUUCCUGUUCUACUCCCCACUCUCUGGUGAAUCCUCUCAUCCCCUGCUCCUCUGGUCUACAUCCAGUUCUUGCAUGCAUAAAUAAAUAAAUCUUUUUAAAAAACCAAAAAAACAUAAUACAAGUCAAGAUAGAGUCUGUCAUUGUCAGUCCCUGACAGGUCUCUUGCCUACAUUAAUGGCUCUUUCAAAUGCCUCCUUCCAUGUCCCCCAGGUCCCUGGUACAAGUCCAAGGCAGAGAAGCAAAAAUGACUUCUUCAAAUGUCUCUCUGCUUCCUGGGUCUUCUCCAGGUUUUCUUUUCAUCUCCCUCCUUGCCUUCCUGGUCUUCCUCUCCUCACUCCUUCUCUUCCAGGCCCUUUUCUAGCUUCCUCGCUGGCAGUUCCACCCUUCCUCAGUGGGGACAGGGAACCUGGAACCUCAAAUCUCCCCUUUCUCUGGGGAUUACAUUGUUGCAAGACAAGGGACAAUAUAUUUCACAUUGGGUGGUCAAUGAAGACUUAACUGAAGAGGUGACUUUUAUACUGAGAGCUAAAGGAUGAAAAAGAGAAAAAGUCAAGAAAAAGAAUUCUAGGCACAGAAAAGAGUUUGGCUCAAUUCUCUGAAAUGAGAUAGAACUUGGUACAACCAUGGGAUUGAAAGAAUGUUGAUAUUGCUGGAGUUAAGUGAGGGGUGGAGUGUCAAGAGAAAGGGUGCUAUAGCAAGUGAGGGACUAUUUGAUUAUGGCCUGUUGCUAAAGAUUUCAUUACAAGUAUAAUUGGGAGCCACUGGCAAAUUUUUAUAAUGAAAGUGAAAUGAUAAAAUUUUAGUUCCUGAAAACUCAUUCUAGCAACCUGUGGAAAUGACUGAAGGACAAGACCUCUCAUAUGAAGGUUUAUUUAAAAGCUAUUGUAUAAACUAAGUUAUGCUAUUCAAAGUUAGGAUAAUGAUUACUGUUGGUGGGUAGUGACUAGAAGGCAGCAUGAGGGAAAAUUAUGACAGUGUAGGAAAAGUGUUGCUUCUUUUCUGGGAGUUAGUUACUCAGGUUAUGUUUGGUUUGUGACUAUUCAGACUUUGCCCUUAUGAUAUGUGAAUUUUUCCCAAAAAGUAGUUAAAGCUAUUCAAUACAAUUUUCCUAUAUGUUGUCAUUAAAGACCAAAAACAAAAAAGGGGAGAAUUGUGGACAUAUUCCAGAUUGAGCGAGAAAAGAAACAUGGUAACUAAAUUAGUGCAUGAUCUUGUAUCACCAAAUAAAAUGCUGUUAUAUAAAAGAUACUGUUAGGAUAAUUGGCAAAAAGGAAUGUGGACUUUAUUAUUUUUUUUAAAGAUUUAUAUUUAUGCAUUUAAGAGCUGGGGUGUAGGCCAGAGGUGUGUGUGGAGGGGGUUUGUGUAAGAGGAUUCACCAGACAGUGGGUAGCAGAACAGGAGGAUCUACUGAAAUACACUGCUGAGGGAAGAAACAGGUGAGACAGGAGGGGUCUACUGCGCCAAGUGGGUUAGCUCCCAGGCCAGGGAUUGAACUCAUGCUGAAGUGACUGCUGGUAGCUUCACAAUGCUGAGACUUAAACCCUUGUGGCACCAGGGAGGCCCUGAAUGUGGACUUUAUUUAUUUUUUUAAGGUUUAUUUAUGCAUACAAGAACUGGGGUACAGGCCAGAGGUGUGGGGGUGAGAGGAUUCACCAAAGACAGAGUGGAGAUCAGAAUAGGCAGACUGACUGAAAUACACUGCUGAGGGGAGCAAAAGGUGAGACAAGAGAGGUCUGCUGCACCAUGUGUGUAGCUCCCUGGAUCAAACUCAUGCUACAGAUGCUGCGGAUCACUUCAUAGUGCUGUGCUUAACCCCGUGUGCCAUCAGGGAGGCCCUGAAUAUGGACUUUAGAAUAAUAUUUAAUCAAGGUAAAACUGGGGCCUCCCUAGUGGUGCAAGGGAUUAAGCUUCACAUUACGAAGCAAUCUGCAGCACAAGUUCCAUCCCCAGACUGCAAGGGAGCAACCCACAUGGCAGACCUCUCCUAUCUUGCCCGGUGCUCCCCUCAACUGUGUGUUUCAGUCCGUCUGCCUGUUCUGUUUCCCACUCUGUCUCUGGUGAAUCCUCUCACUUCCUGCAUCUCUGGCCUGUACCCCAGCUCUUGUAUGCAUGAAUAAAUGAAUCUUAAAAAAAAAAAAAAAGGUAAAAUUUCCUGAAUUGUAUAAUAGGACUACAAUGAUGUAAGUAGUCUUUGUUUUAGUAGAUUCCUGCCGAAGCAUUUAGAGAUGUGUGCAUAUGAUUUUUAAAUAACUGGUUCUGCAAAAUAAUAUGUAAAUGCAUAAAGAAAAAAACAAAUUUGUGCCUCCCUGGUGGCCCAAGGGUUAAGUCUCAGAGCUGUUACCACCAACGUCUGAGUUCCAUCCCAGGCCAGGGAGCUAACCCAAUAUGGCACAGCAGACUUCUCCUGACUCAGCAGCUGCUCCCCUCAGCAGUGUAUUUCAGUAAAUCUGUCAGUUCUGCUCCCCAUUCUCUCUACUGAAUCCUCUCACUCUCCUCACCCCACUCGCAUCUCUGGCCUACACCCCAGUUCUUCCUCGCAAAAAUAAAAAGAAAAAAACCAAAUUUAACAGAAGACUAACACGAAGUUAUGAUGGGUAGGUGAAGGUUAUAAGGGAGCUCAAUUAUUAGUUUGAGUUAUAAAUGGUAAUUUAUUAUUGCAACGUUUGGAUAGAUUUGGAAAUUUUAGUAAAGUGGAGAAAAGCGACAGUCAUAAUUUAAGUACAUGAGGUGAUUUGGGCUAACCUUGGCAGUAUAGAUAGAGAAGAGGGAACAAACCCAAGGUCUAUUUUGGAGGUAGAACUCACAAGAUAUGUUACUGGGAGGGCGUGGUGGUGGACGAAAAGGACAGGAAUCAACGCCGUACAUUAAACAAGCCCUUCUCAGAGAGCCCAAAGGCGCCCCGCCUUCCCUUUCGACCCGAGCGGAGGAAGUGAGGAAAAGGAAGCGACCGCCAAUCCACAAGUCGACUUCCGGUCGUCGACUUCUUGGUGUCGCAAAGAGGUCGUAAAUUGGAGAGCCUUUUAGCCCCGCCCCCAAAUUGGGCGGUCCUAAAGAGUGACAGCGACCAAUGGCGAGCGAGUCUUCGGGCUCUUAUCCAAUGGCUCUGGAGGUGGGCGGAGUCCUGCAGCACGCGGUUUGCCAGCGCUUCUGCCGGGAACUGCAGCAGGUUUCCUAUGGCGUUGGGCUGAUCUCACCGAGAUUGCUGCCGAUUUCCAGUUUUGCUUGUGGAACGAAGUUGUGCCAAGCAAGUGGGCUUUAGACUCCAAGUACGGAAGACCUGGACCCCGAGGGAUGGGGCCGGCGCCUACGGAAACGCAGCAACGUGGAGCUCCUGGGGAGUCGGAGGUGAUGGAGCCAGCUCUGGAAGGCACAGGCAAGGAGGGAAAGAAGAAAUCUUCAAAGAAACGCACAGUGGCUGGGUCUCCAGUGGAGGGCCUCCUGCAGCCAGUGAAGCUCAGCCGGGCCGAACUGUAUAAGGAACCUACCAAUGAGGAGCUGAAUCGCCUUCGGGAGACUGAGAGUCUUUUCCACUCUAGCUUGCUUCGCUUACAGGUAGAAGAGCUUCUAAAGGAAGUGAGGCUGUCAGAGAAAAAGAAAGAGCGGAUUGAUGCUUUCCUAUGGGAGGUCAAACAACGGAUCAUGAGGGUGCCUUCAACCCCUGAGACAGAGCUGACUGACCAAGCAUGGCUUCCAGCUGGGGUUCGAGUCCCUCUCCAUCAAGUACCGUAUACUGUGAAGGGUUGUUUCCGCUUCCUGCCCCCAACCCAGGUCACUGUUGUGGGCAGCUACCUCCUGGGCACCUGCAUCCGGCCAGACAUCAAUGUGGAUGUGGCAUUGACCAUGCCCAGGGAGAUUCUACAGGACAAGGAUGGGCUGAACCAGCGUUACUUCCGCAAGCGUGCCCUCUACCUGGCCCACUUGGCCCACCACCUGGCCCAAGACUCUCUCUUUGGCAGUGUUCACUUCUCCUACACCAAUGGCUGCCACCUGAAACCCUCGCUGCUUCUGCGGCCACAUGGGAAGGAUGAGCGUUUGGUCACUGUACGUCUGCAUCCAUGCCCCCCGCCUGACUUCUUCCGCCCGUGCCGCCUGCUGCCAUCCAAAAACAAUGUGCGCUCUGCCUGGUACCGAGGGCAGAGUUCCCCAGGAGAUGGUAGCCCAGAGCCUCCCACCCCCCACUAUAACACAUGGGUCCUGCAGGACACAGCCCUCGAAUCCCAUGUACAUCUGCUUUCAACCACGUUGGGCUCGGCUAUGGGCUUGAAGGAUGGUGUGGCACUUUUGAAGGUCUGGCUGCGUCAGCGGGAACUGGACAAGGGUCUGGGGGGGUUCAGCGGGUUCCAUGUCUCCAUGAUGGUGGCCUUCCUCGUGUCCACUCGCAAGAUCCACACCACCAUGAGUGGCUACCAGGUCCUAAGAAGCGUCUUGCAGUUUCUGGCCACCACAGAUCUGACUGUCAAUGGGAUCAGUCUAUGUCUCAGCUCAGAUGCCUCCUUGCCGGCAGUGGCUGACUUUCACCAGGCCUUCCCUGUUGUCUUCCUGGAUUCUUCAGGCCGUCUCAACCUCUGUGCUGAUGUCACUGCCUCCACUUACCACCAGGUGCAGCACGAGGCACGGUUAUCUAUGGCCUUGCUAGAUACCAAAGCUGACGAUGGAUUCCAGUUGCUGUUGAUGACUCCCAAACCCAUGAUUCGUACUUUCGACCACAUCCUACAUCUCCGUCCACUGAGUCGCCUGCAGGCAGCAUGUCACCGACUGAAGCUGUGGCCAGAGCUGCAGGACCACGGUGGGGACUAUGUCUCAGCUGCUCUGGGGCCACUAAUGACCCUCUUGGAGCGGGGCCUAGGGUCCCGGCUGCACCUGCUGGCCCAUUCUCGGCCCCCAGUCUCAGAGUGGGACAUCAGCCAGGACCCGCCAAAGCACCGAGACUCUGGGACUCUGACCCUGGGAUUGCUCCUCCGGCCUGAGGGUCUGACCAGUGUCCUUGAGCUGGGUCCCGAAGCUGACCAGCCUGAGGCUGCUGAGUUCCGCCAGUUUUGGGGAUCUCGCUCAGAGCUCCGGCGAUUCCAGGAUGGAGCCAUUCGGGAAGCUGUGGUCUGGGAGGCAGCCUCUAUGGCCCAAAAGCGCCUUAUUCCCCAUCAGGUGGUCACCCACCUGUUGGCAUUCCAUGCUGACAUCCCAGAUACCUGUGUCCACUAUGUGGGGGGCCUCUUGGACCCACUGAUCCAAGGCCUGAAAGAGACCUGCAGCACAGGUGAGGAGGCCCUGGCAGCGGUGGUACGUUGCUAUGAUGACCUCAGCCGCCUGCUGUGGGGCCUGGAAGAUCUCCCCCUGACUGUGUCUGCUGUGCAAGGUGCUCACCCAGUGCUGCGCUACACUGAGGUGUUCCCACCAACCCCGGUCCGGCCAGCCUACUCCUUCUAUGAGCGCCUGCGGGAGCGGGCCUCGCUCUUGCCCCGGCCCGACAAGCCCUGUCCAGCCUAUGUGGAGCCCAUGACUGUGGUGUGUCACUUGGAGGGCAGUGGGCAGUGGCCACAGGAUGCUGAGGCCAUCCGACGGGUCCGAGCGGCCUUCCAGCUGCGUCUGGCAGAGCUGCUAACCCAACAGCAUGGGCUACAGUGCCGUGCCACUGCCACGCACACUGACGUCCUUAAGGAUGGGUUUGUGUUCCGGAUACGUGUGGCCUAUCAGCGGGAACCCCAGAUUCUGAAGGAGAUGCGCAGCCCCGAGGGGAUGAUCUCACUGAGGGACACGCCUGCUUCCCUCUGCCUGGAGAGGGAUACCAGGCAGUUGCCCCUGCUCACCAGCGCCUUGCAUGGGCUCCAACAGCAGCAUCCAGCCUUCUCGGGUGUGGCUCGACUGGCCAAGCGGUGGGUGCGUGCCCAGCUUCUGGGCGAGGGGCUCACAGAUGAGAGCCUGGACCUGGUGGCUGCUGCCCUUUUCCUGCACCCUGAGCCCUUCACCCCUCCCAGCUCCCCCCAGGUGGGCUUCCUUCGGUUCCUUUUCCUGGUAUCGACCUUUGACUGGAAGAAUACCCCCCUUAUUGUCAACCUCAACAGUGAGCUCACCGUGGAGGAGCAGGUGGAGAUGCGCAGUGGCUUCCUGGCAACUCGGACACAACUCCCUGUCAUGGUCAUCUUUACCCCCCAGGAUCGCAAAAGCUCUAUAUGGACACGGGAUGGACCCUCGCCCCAGAUCCUACAGCAGCUCGUGGUCCUGGCAGCUGAGGCCUUGCCUGUCCUAGAGAAGCAACUGAUGGAUCCCCGGGGGCCUGGGGAUAUCAGGACGGUGUUCCGGCCUCCCCUGGACAUGUAUGACGUGCUGAUCCGCCUCUCUCCCCGCCACAUCCCCCGGCACCGUCAGGCUGUGGACUCGCCAGCUGCCUCCUUCUGCCGGGGGCUGCUCAAUGACUCAGGACCCUCAUCCCUGAUGCCAGUGCUGGGCUAUGAUCCUCCUCAGCUGUACCUGGCCCAGCUCAGGGAGGCUUUUGGGGACCUGGCCCUUUUCUUUUAUGACCAGCAUGGUGGAGAGGUGAUUGGUGUCCUCUGGAAGCCCACCAGCUUCCAGCCUCAGCCUUUUAAGGCCUCUAGCACAAAGGGGCGCAUGAUGGUGUCUCAAGGUGGGGAGCUGGUGAUGGUGCCCAAUGUAGAGGCCAUCCUGGAAGAUUUUGCCAUCCUGGGCGAAGGCCUGGUACAGGCUGUGGAGGCCCGAAGUGAGAGGUGGACUGUGUGAUCUCCAGCCCUGGGAGCAAGCUGGAGGUAGACAGCAGGACUCUUCAGACCUCUGGAGCAAGAUGUCAAUGGCAUAUGGACCCUCCAUGGAGGGUGUGCUGGCCUACACACACUGGAUGGACCCCACAUAAGCCACCACCCAGUUUUCUGUUGGUGCCCCACCAUUGGGCCUGGGGCCACAGUAUCCCAAGAGUCAACUGGGCCUGACUGUCCAUUUGAACUCCCAGAAGAAGUUGUGAGCCAACUAAGAGAGGAAGCUGAGUGCACCAGGAGAUCCCUUCACCACUCAUCCCUGGGCCUGCCUCUCUCUCUCUCUCUCCCUGGACUGCUUCCAAAAGCCUGGAGAGGCGGGCCCGUGCCCAGGGCUGAGGAUCUGUCCCCUUCCUGUUGCCAGGAUGUGUACUUGGACCUCACUCUGCCCUUCAGUGCAGCAUCUGGUCUUCAAAUGUGGCCCAGAGAAGGUGUGGCCCUUCCUGGGGGUCACAGAGUACCGGCUUUGAGGAGUGGAGAGGGGCUUCACGUAUGAAUGGACCCCAUUGAAGGGCACAAUGCCCUCCUCUGUUGGUGCUGCUGCUUCCCAGGGUGGGGACAUGGAAAAGCACAGAGGCAGGAAGGGACUGGGUGGGUGAAGGGGUGAGGGGGCUGAUGUCCCCCAGUGCAGGAGAGACACAGAAAGCACUGAGUGCUGCAGGGCCCCUUUGUGCCUGAGUUCUACCAGAUCUGUGCAUCUACCCCCGGCUGUCUGCCCAUUCGGGCCACAAGCUGCCCCCCACUGUGCUGCUGCAGUAGGGGUGCAGAGGCCCCAGCCCUGCUCUCCAGGAGUGCCCCGUGCCCUGGGGGGCGGGGGAUGCUACCUCCUCUUAGCCUGUUCCACAACCCCUUCCGGCAGCCUCUCCCUUCACUCUCCCCUAAUCCUGGCUGUUUUUCCAGACUCAGCUCAAAUAGUGCCUCCUCCUUCAGCCCUUCCCUUGCCCUCAGCCUGAGGUGCUCUUUUCCCUCCUGAAACAGCAGAGUGAUUACUAUCUGUUCAGUUCACUUUGCAGUCACGUACAGUGACGUGAACUCUUCUGUUGUCUUAAGCUGAUUUAAAAUUAAAUCACUUCAUUUCCUGUUCCUGGCUGCUUUUAACCUUUUCUCCUGUAUGUGUGCUCUUUGGGGACAGGGAACACUUGCGAAGGUAGGUUUCACAGCUCCGGGUACAGUGUUCUGCUCAAUAGGACACAGCCAUGUGCAGAAGGGGCAGCUGGAAGGCAGGGAGGGCACCAGAAGGCUGCAAGGGAAAGAGAGUCAUGAUUUGUGAUCCCUGCCUGGACUGGGUGGGAUGUGAUGGCCGAUAAAGCCUGAGAGGUAAUACAAAGUCGAUGUUUUGACGACUGCCUGCUAGGUCCUGGGCACUUGUUCCUUCACACAUCUGAGGGAUGGGAACCUGAUGGAUGGUCAUUCCAGCCCUCUGAAGUAACGCACCGUUAUCCUCGUUUUCUGAACAAAGGGACACGUUCAGUGGCCGGAAGGCGCCCCUUUGUGGUGGAGGGCCUUAUGCUCCUGCCAGGCUUCAUCCUCAAGAUGAGGAGCCACGAUGUGAGCUCUGCUUUCUAACUCUGUCUCGGUUCUGUUGGUGAGCCUGUGCCAGUCUCUACCUGCCGCUGUCAUGGGGCAGUCUGGCCUGGGUUUGCAAUUAGCAUAAUGAACACAUUGACUGUGUGAGCCGGGGCUGGCAUUUCUCUCCUAAGUGUGCCAGCCUUCGUUUUUGAUGAAAGAGAUGCAGCCCCAGCCCUCACGGUGGCCCCUGGUCCCCAGUGGUUGUCUCUGGCUCCUCUUCAGCCUCCUUUUCUUUUGUUCCCUCAUGUGCUUUGCCCUCAGUCCCUCUAUGGGAUCAAGUGGGGUGGGGGCUGGUGACUUUCAAACUAUCUGGUUCAGCCACAGGCCCAAUAGCUCCUAGCCCUUUCGCAAGCCCAGUUCUGGAUUAUUCCAGUGUGUGGAGGGUGUGGAAUCUGCCGCCAGGAGAGAUGGUGGCGCAAGUGGCUUCAGGAGGUGGCAGGCACCAGUGCCACUUGGGAAAAGAGGUGUGGCCCUGCCACUUCCCUAUGUGGUCCGCUCACUUCCCUUUGCGUGUGGUCUCCCACCUCCAAAAUAGGCACCACGGUGACUUUGUCAGGGAAGGGAAGAGGGUGGAGAACAGAGAAACCCAAGGAGCUACACCGUCCUUUCUGCAUUCCCCGCUGCUAUUUGGGGAGUAAAGAGUUGGGGUGGAGAGCAGGAAGCCCAGGCUCUAACUUCAGUCCCUCCCAUUGUACCUCCAGCCUGCUAAUCUCAGAUUUUCUCUGGAAAGUUGGCAUCUAUGGGUGUGGU